AUAAAUACGGAAUAUAUUUUAUACUCGUUAUAAUUUGAUAUUUCAAAACUACGUUUCAAAUACAUUAAUACUCCGUAUUAUGUUUACAAUUGACUGAUUGAGCAUGUUUUAAACAUCUGCCGAAACACCAAAAAUUGUCACGGCCAAAACCAGUGCGCCACUAAAAGCUCAGAAUGCCUCGAAAGAACGAGCUAUGCCGGAAUUUCCUCAGCGGAAGCUGUCGUUAUGGUGCUCAUUGCAAGUUUCUUCAUGCAACCCAACAGCAGUCGAAACCGAACGUGUUUGGAUUUGGGAGCCAAAAUGGCUCACAAUCGCAGAGGACGAAUUUUCAGCAGCAGCAGCAGAGUCCCCCCAAUCCUUUUGGGUUUGGUGUUCAGAGUAACUCUCAGUCGAGAAGAGAUGAUAAUGCUGGACUGAAACAGAGUCAAUACAAGCCAUUUGAAAAUAAGUGGGUACGUGGAUCUGCAAACAAUAGUGCCCCUUCUACACGGCAACCAGACAAUCAGCAGGCAGCACCUACUCAUACCUGCACAGAUCCGGGGUCUUGCAAACGCCAAAUUGUUGAAGAUUUUCAAAAUGAGAAGCCUCUAUGGAAUCUUACUUGCUAUGGUCACCUCAAAAAUGGUCCAUGUGACGCCUUUGGUGAUGUUAGCUAUGAAGAGCUAAGGUCGGCAGCGUACGAAGAUGCUAAACGUGGAGUGAACUUACAAUCAAUUAUUGAGCGGGAGAGGAGUCUAAUUAGAUCCAAGUUAGCUGAAUUUGAUAGCCUCGUGCAUAAUCAUAAUCAUCAUUCAGUUCCAGCAAAUUCAACUUCUGGUUCACAGAGUUCUCUGUUUGGGGCCAGUCAAGCUGUCCCAACAAGUGCUCAAAGUCCUCCAUCUGCCUCAAGUUUUGGUCAGUUAGGCGCAUUAUUGAAUACAUCAGGGCUAUCAGCUCCUUCAAAUAGCAUUUCCCAGCAAUCAAAUCCCUUCGGUCAGAUUCCGGGUGCAAAUGGGCUGAAUAAUAAAAUGCCAUUUGGAAAUGGAGGCUUGUUUGGCAGUCAAGUUGGUGCUCCGUCAGCUCAGAGCCCCUUCACCUCCAGUCCGACAACUUUAAACAAUGCCCUAACUGGCGACAGGAACUCAUCUUCUACAUUUUCAUUUCCACAACUUUCUGGUUUCAAUGGACAACCAGCUGGCAAUACCGGCUCUAUGACGCAGAAGGUGCGUGCUGAUUUUGAAGAAAGCAUUUGGGCUAAGGAAUGGAAGAUUGGCGAGAUCCCAGAAGAAGCCCCCCCUCCCGAAUACGUCUUCUAGUGUGUGCUUUUACGGACCAACCCAACCCCCUUCCUUACUACUCCGCUGUUAUCUGCCUGCCUGCCUGGCUAUCUAUUCAUGUGCCAUCUAUACAUUACUAUGUUUUUAUCCUGGCCUUGGCACUGUGCAAUGCCACAACUUGACAUUGUAUAUCGGUGAUAUGCGGUGUUUUCGAUAUUGACACUCUUUGACAUUAUAUGUAAUAUUUUGGUGUAAAAGUAUUGAAAGUUCUAUUUUGGUGUGUUGAGCAUGUUUUGGUCUUAAUUAAGUCGGCAAGGUUUU